AUGAGGGAUUUGCAAGAAGAAGAGCCUGAGCUCGAUCGAGCUGAGGAUCGAGCUGAGAUCAAGCUGAAGAUCAGGUCCAGGAGAGUGCGAUUUGG